UUUCUUUUUUACUUUUACCACCGAAAAAAUCAAUAAACGACCACAAGCCCUCGGUGCCUCCGACACCUCCAUUCCCUCACUUAAACUACAACUCACAACUCCACUUAACCAAGUACUUGAAAUAACCCAUUCAUGGCUUCUUUUCCUCGUAUUCUCUCUCUCCUCUCCCUCCUCUCUCUCCUCCCAUUCUCGUACCCUAGCAAUAACACCACAAUUACACUAUCUCUCAAGCCACUCUUAAUCCCUGCUGCACCAUUGUACAGAAACACAUCUCUACUCAACCACCUCACGGCUUCAUCUCUAGCCAGAGCUAAGCAGCUCAAAACCCCUCAGCUUACUAAAACGCCGCUCUUUCCCCGCAGCUACGGCGGCUACUCCGUCUCACUCAGCUUCGGCACACCACCGCAAGUCCUGGACUUCGUCAUGGACACUGGAAGCAGUCUUGUUUGGUUCCCUUGUACACAUCUUUAUCUAUGUUCUCAAUGUGAUUUCCCGAAUAUAGAUGCCGGAAACAUAACUACUUUCUUACCUAAAUCAUCAUCUUCCGCGAAAAUUGUCGGCUGUAAGGAUCCCAAAUGCGGCCUCCUCUUCGGCCCUGAUGUCCAGACACGAUGCCAAGGUUGCGACGGAACGUCCGUGAAUUGUCCGCAAAAUUGUCCUGAUUAUGUAGUUGAGUAUGGCUCAGGGACCACCGCAGGGUUAUUAUUAUCGGAUACUUUAGUUUUUUCGAAUAAUAGCGUUAAUGAUUUCGUUGUGGGAUGCUCAAUUUUCUCCGACAGUCAGCCUUGCGGUAUUGCUGGCUUCGGACGAGGCCCGGCCUCGUUGCCUGCUCAAAUGGGGCUAAAGAAAUUCUCGUAUUGUCUCGUUUCUCACCGCUUCGACGACAAGCCCGAGACAAGCGAGCUUGUUUUGUUUCGGGGAUACGCGGGAGACGGGUUCAGGGGCGGGGUUCGAUACACCCCGUUUUUUAACCCGUCCAACCCGAACCCCGCGUAUCAAGAUUAUUAUUACGUAAGUCUCAGGAAAAUUACGGUUGGCGGGGUUCACGUUAAAGUCCCGUUUAAAUAUUUGUUACCGGCCGCAAAUGGUAGCGGCGGGACUAUAGUGGAUUCGGGCACAACAUUUACGUAUUUAGAUCAGGAAGUGUUCGAAUUGGUGGCCCAGGAAUUCGAGAAGCAAAUGGGGAAUUAUAGUAGAGCUAAGGAUAUCGAAACUCGCGCCGGUUUACGACCAUGUUAUAAUUUAACCGGGAAUAAGCCGAUGGUGGUGCCGGAUUUAUUUUUCCAUUUCAAGGGCGGAGUGAAGGUGGAGUUUCCGCUAGCUGAUUAUUUUUCGAUAAUAGGUGAUCAAUCCGACGUGGUGUGUAUGACCAUGGUAAGUAGUUCUGUUAAUGUUAAUGAUAUCGGUGGUGCGGGUGGUGCUACGGAAGGGCCUUCUAUUAUCAUCGGAAAUUAUCAGCAACAAAAUUUUUAUGUCGAAUAUGAUUUGGAGAACAAGAGAAUCGGGUUUAGAAAACAGAUUUGCAAGUGAAAUUUUAUCUUCUGAUUUUUGCUUGAUUAGUGAUGUUACGGCUUACGAUCUUACUCUAGUCCCUACAUAUAUAUAAUUUCUACUUACGAAAUUGUGAAAAUAUAAUUCAAUUCACAUUUUUUAUAUCAUUGUUUAUAUCUAAUAUAUUAAA